AUGAGCACGGGAGCUCGCUAUAUCAUCCGCAAUGGUCCACCAACAAGACACAAUUACGAAGUCAAUGAUAUAGAACCUGAAGAAUUACGGGUCUCAUCGUUACGCGCACGACCAUAUGAUGAAGACUAUCCACGUUAUGAGCCAAGAUAUAGCCAAAAACAGUUAACUCCUCCAGCGAAAUCUCGUACUUGUUGUUCCAAACCGUGUGUACUCGGACUUCUUCUUGGUUUGGCAAUCGGUUUAGCUGUUGCUGCUGCAGUUGCAAUUCCACUGGGUCUUGUUAAACGGCCAACUCCUCCGUUCGGUAAAUAUCAAAUAAAUAUUAUUAAAACAUUCUAUCACUUUGCCAAUUGUGUUUUAGUUCGAGGUGAUAUUUCUUCUACACCAACUUGGGUGGGAACCUAUCAAGUCGAUAGUUCGUGUGAUUCAAGUACAUGUUGUUGUUUUACGAACUAUAUCUACUUAACAACAACUAGCGCCAGUUUAUUACAAUUAAACGGAACUCUCUCUGGUCGAUGUGUUGGUUCUUCAAAUGUCGUUUCUUAUGCUAUGACAAUGCCAACUAAUUUUGCACUCGGAUUUACAUGGUACGGACAGACGCUCCGUGUAAUUCUCAGUCAAGAUAGUUCUUACUUAGCCAUGGUGGACAAUACCGUUGGAUAUUGCAGUGGCUCGGCAUUACGAACAUCGUAUAACGCGAGUCGAAUUAAUCAUGUCAAUUCAGGUUUAAUGAUGCUCAUUCUUUUUAUUCUUAUUGGAAUAGUUAUAUGA